AAUCGCUCGGCUCCCCCGCCCCGGCCCCGCGCGCGGCGCCGCCUCCGCCAUUGCUGCGAGCAGGAGCGGGCGGCGCGGAGGCUCGGAGCGCGGUCGGAGCGCAGACCUGCCGGAGCCGGGCGUGGGGCGGCAGCCUCGGGUCUCCCGGAACGAUGGUGAAGUUGGGGAACAAUUUCGCGGAGAAGGGCACCAAGCAGCCGCUGCUCGAGGAUGGCUUCGACACCAUCCCCCUGAUGACGCCCCUCGAUGUCAAUCAGCUGCAGUUCCCGCCCCCGGAUAAGGUGGUCGUGAAAACUAAGACUGAAUAUGAACCUGACCGCAAGAAAGGCAAAGCGCGUGCUCCCAAGAUAGCCGAGUUCACAGUCAGCAUCACCGAGGGCGUCACCGAGAGGUUUAAGGUCUCCGUGCUGGUCCUCUUUGCUCUGGCCUUCCUCACCUGUGUCGUCUUCCUGGUCGUCUACAAGGUGUACAAGUAUGACCGCGCCUGCCCCGACGGGUUCAUCCUCAAGAACACCCAGUGCAUUCCAGAAGGCUUGGAGAGCUACUAUGCAGAGCAAGACUCCAAUGCCCGGGGGAAAUUUUACACCGUCAUAAACCACUACAACCUGGCCAAGCAGAGCAUCACCCGCUCGGUGUCGCCGUGGAUGUCCGUUCUGUCGGAAGAGAAGCUGUCAGAGCAGGAGACUGAAGCCGCUGAGAAGUCAGCCUAGCGAGAUGGGCAAGUUCCUUACAAUGUGUCACUUGAAAGUAACAAAGGGACUUUGAGGGACAUUUCAUUAAAUAUAAUUACUGAUAAUUUAGAGGUUACUCAUUUAUGGUGCAACUGCUUCUGUUUGCUAAUGCUGCUUUGCAAAUAAAACUUGCUGCAGACCACCCAUGGGCAUAAAAUCAAGUGCAUAUCAGCAUUGCUUAAAGAGCUCCGACACCACCUUUCAUGUUAAGGAAUCUUAAUUUAGCUACUUUACUGGGAUUUAUUGGAUGCUGUCAAAAAGUAAAUUUACAAUGGAGAUGCAAGGAGUUUGGACUCCAGAUAAAUAAUGCAUUUUGUGGAACUGAUUUUUUAAAAGCCACCUUGCUGUUUGCAAAUCUUGCUCCAGAGCCAUAUCUAGAGAGACCCCUUGCUUUGCUCUGAGCAAGCUGUACUUCCCAUUUCUUCCACCUGCUGUCAGAUGGCCACAGUGCCCAUCGCCAAGACACACUUUAGUGAGUGGGGUCAAGGAGGAAGGAGAAAUGACAGCGGGCAGCAGAUGCACCCUCUCCUUCCCUGUGCUCAGUCCUAAGUGUGCAAGUGCCCUGCUACAGGCACACUCGGGUGGUUCUGUUACUGCUGUCGACAGAACAUCACUCAGUCUCCUCUGGCGUUGGCAUCUUGGUACAGAGGGCUGCCCUGGGUAGAGAAGGCUGUGUUUCACUCGAGUGCAUGCAGACCAUGUCAAAAAGCAUGGAGGCGAGGGGACUCUGGAGAGAGACGACCCCCGGCUGCAGGCUACAGAACUCCCUUCUCUGUAGGUAGUCCGUCUGCUCUGUGAUGUGCUGAAUAGCAACAAAACCCCACUGGCCCUUUUGUUCACUUGAUUAUGAAUAAAUUUGCACUGAUAGCCCUGUUAGCAAGUCAGUUUUUAAAGAAUUAGCUAGGUGGGAAAAGUGAAAAUGUAAUUGCUGGUCAGCCAAGGCUCCUUUAAGUUUUAUUUUGUGAAAUGGAUAUAACUGCUUUGCUCUAAGAAACAGGCAGGAAAGGCUGGUG